AUGGCUCAGCCUCGAAGCCGCUUUGACCCACGCGUUGUGCGAUCCCGAAACUGCGCCAACGCCAAGAAGGCGCACCGCGCGGCCCUCCACCGACGGUCGGAGCGCGCUCGGGACGAGGAGAGGCGACGGCGCACCGAGGAGUGGGAACGCACGCUGAUGUUGGCGCGCGCGUCGCGGGUCGUGGCUCGCCACAACGCUGAAGCCGGGGCCUUGAGGCUGGUAUCCACGUAUCACAAGAUGCUGCAGCACGGAUACUUCGCCAUGGACAUCGGACAUCCGAGAACAAUUGAGAUCCAGGACUUCGUGGGCUCGGUCCUGGCCGAAGACAUGAUCACCCCCGAGUUCAUCGGCCUGAAGACGUUCAUGCAGCAAUGGGACUUCCUGUCACGAUUCCAUUCCGAAGUUGACUUUCGCGCUGAUCGACUGCAGCUCUUCCCCAUGGAGGGGGCUGCCAAGACGUACCCGAGCUUGGCUGGACGAGAUCGAGAUGAAGCGGUCUACGUGGUCAAAAGCACGGGCACGACGACGCUCAGAAUUUCGCGCCUGACGAUUGAGAACAUCUUCCCACACAUUCUCAACGACGAGCAAUUAGUGCAGCACCUCAUCGGCAAGACGUACAGCUUCAACUUUACCAUCUUCUCACACGUCAGCGCGGACGGGGUGAUCUUCCAGAUGGAGUCCCGGGUGGAUCUCUCGUCAACGCUCAUGACACUUGUGCAAGACCGCGAUGCUGCUACCAGUAUUAUUCGCAAAGCUGCGAUCCUGCCCAGUGGGAACCUGUCAUUGCAAGACGAAGUGCGCGAUUCACAGAACACGAUCGCGAACAGCUACCUGUAA